GCAGAGACCAUGCAGGGGGGUACAACUUCUAAGGGGAGGGAAAGUAGUGCUACCCACGCUUUGGGACUGCAUCCGCUUCAGCUGGCGCCGCACCGGGCGCGCGAUCAAGCUCCUUUUCCGCCCCGAAACGCUCCACCUCGGCGCGGGGAUGCUGAUGCUGUUUGUCUUCUUCCCCCGGAUGCUCCUAGGCACGGUGCAGAGCUACACGCGCGUGCUGUUUUCCAAGUUGGCGCCAAAGCGACUGGAGGCGCAGCUGUUCGCGCUGUACGAGAUCUCGAACAAGGGAAGCAGCUGGAUUGGGCCGAUUGUGCUGGCGGUGGUCGCGCAAUGGACGAGCAUGCGCUACGGCUUUUUCUUGGUUCUCUUCGCGUUUCUGGUGGGGUCUGUGUUGCUGUUUCCAAUGAAGCUGGAAGAGAACAUGGCCGCGACGGGAGCUGGAAAGGGGAUGCUGUAGUUCUUGAGGAAAAAGAUAAUGCUAUUGCAAGCCAUUGCGAUGCCGCGCCAGAGGUGGACGAGGAGAACGGCCAGAAGUUUUUGUAAUCUCCUCACGACUUUCACCUUGGUGGAGUUGGAGCAACUUGAUGACCGGCUUACAAUAUUUUAAUUGGAACCACGUACACGUUGGCACGCGACGACGAGUGCUAGUCAACGAUGUUGUUGAAAACGGGAAGGAGACGACCGGAGCUGGGAUGAAGGGGACAACUUCUGCUUGAGACGGAAAGGAGAGAGACAAGAUGAACUUGCGGACGACUCCUGCUCCCAGAGAGAGUCAAGAACAUGAACAUUUUGGUGGAAUGUCUGAAUGAUGUACGCGUGCAGAAGGAACGGCAACUUUGGACCUCUAGUUGCAGACCACCCCCGCAUGGCUCGCGCGAGAUCGAUGGAAGAUGCUGCGCCCGAAGGACGAAGCGAAAAAAUUUGGUGUGGAACUCGAGGGACUCGAGCAAUCCGACCCCAUAUCGGGCGAAAAGCCUCUAAUUGAUUCUAGUAUUUUCAACAAAUAAUUGUAGCAUGCCCAUGCUCGGCUAGGCAACAGUAUAGUACACUAGUUAGUUGUUGUAACGUAAUCUUGGAACUGUUUCGCAUUCAAGCAUAAACAACAGCGAUUGACUAACCACCUACAUCCAACAAGCCUGAAGGGUUGAGGGAAAAUAAAUGGGACUGUCAUUCAGAUUCAGCAGAUGCACAGUGAUUUGUGCCGAUGAUCAUCAUCCUAAGAUCAUUUUUUCUGAAGGAGUUCUUUGCCCAAUCAACUAGUAUCUUCAAGAAAUAAAUCUGACCGAACAUGAACAAAUGAUGUUUUCGCCUUGUUGCACUAUAUAUGAUCAGAAAGAAGAAGAAUUUUGAUGACCGUUUUUGAAACAAC